AUGGCUUACCUUGUCUCCAACAGCUCGGAUUCCCUGUUCGGCCCUGGCUAUGAUGGUCCGUUCAGGAAGUUCGACUUCACCUUGCUCUUUGAGGACACGAUCCUGACCAUUGUUCCUGCCACCCUUUUCCUUAUCGCAGCCAGUGUGAGAGCCGUAUGGCUCACCAGCAAGCCGAACAAAGUCACGACUUCCCUCAGCAGACUGACAAAGCUGGCACUGCUUUCCGCGUUUGUGACCAUACAAUUGACGGUGCUUCUUGCUCGCGCAACGAACCUCGAAGUCGCCACCAAGGCGUCUGUUGCUGCAGCCGCCCUGGAUUUCGCAGGUGCUUCGGCGCUGUUUGUUCUCUCCUAUUUCGAACACUCUCGCUCCGUGACGCCCUCCACUGUCAUUGGACUCUACUUGAUCAUCUCACUUCCCUUCGAUGCCGCUCGGCUUCGGACGUUCUACCUGCUGCGUGGCUAUGCCGCCAGGAGCAUUGCGCACCUUUUGUCACUAAGUUUGGCCAUUAAGCUGACAGUCCUGGUCACUGAAGCUGUCGAAAAGCGUCAGAUUCUCCUGGAACCUUAUCGUGAUCUCCCGCCUGAGGCUACCAGUGGCAUCUACAAUAAAUCCGUCUUCUGGUGGCUCAAUCCCCUGUUGAGGGUUGGGUUUGGCAAGACGUUAGAGGUCGAGGAUCUCUACAAUCUGGACGACAACCUCGCCUCUGCUAACGUCGAACCCCGGUUCAGGAAAGCUUGGGCGAACGUCAAGGAUCCUCACCGCUUCAGUCUCCUUCUUACCUCCGCGUACGUCCUGAGAUGGCAGCUUCUCACCUCGGCUUGUCCACGUGUGCUUCUCAUAGCUGCCAGGUAUGCUCAGCCAUUCUUGGUCCAGGACACCAUCCAAUAUAUCGGCAACCGCCAAAACCAAACAGCUUCUACGGGUUGGGGACUCGCCGGGGCUUUCUUCCUUGUCUACCUUACGACGGCCGUCCUAAGUGCCGCUUAUCGGCACCUGCUCAACCGAUGUGUUACCCAGGUCCGUGCAGGGCUGGUCUCCCUUCUCUUCCACAAGACUCUGGAGCUUAGCAUCCUCAGUGCCGAUCCGUCUGCGUCAUUGACCUUGAUGUCGACUGAUGUGCAAAGAAUUGUUGACCCUCUCACACUUUUGCACGACACCUGGGGCGGUAUGGUCGAACUGGGACUUGCCAUGUUCCUCCUGUACCGGAAUAUUGGGGGCGGCGCAGUCCUUGCCCCAGCUGUGGUGUAUAUCAUUUCAAUAUUGGUAACGAGUUGGGUCGUCAGUGUCAUUGCUGGCUUCCAAAAGCGAUGGUUCGCUGCCGUCCAAACCCGCGUCUCGUUUACUUCUGCCUUGCUACAUUCCAUGAGGAACGUCAAACUGCUUGGGAUGUCCUCAAUCAUCAAGGACCGUACCCAAGGCCUUCGAGAGAACGAGAUCAAUGAGUGCAAGAGAUAUCGGAUCAUCUACAACUUCCAAAUAGUCGCUCAGAACGCACAUGUUGUUUUCGCGCCAUUUGCGACGUUCCUGCUCUACUACAUCAGGUCGCGCAAUUCGGGAGACGCCCUCGAUUUGGCGGCCUCGUUCAGUAUCCUGACCAUAUUUAGGUUGGUGGAGGAUCCUUUCAAUACCUUGCUAUUGAGCUGUCCGCAGUUGGCGAGCUCACUGUCAUGCUUUGAGCGCAUCCAACAAUACCUCUUGUCCAACUCGCGGCAUGACAACCGACUUUCACUGCGUCGCGACUGCGAUUUGGACGAAGACCCGGGUAUCGCAUCUCUCCGAGAGGACUCGAUUUUAAUGACUCCACUUGGCGCCGGCAGGAGUCCACAGGGUGAUGCGUUGAUGCUGAAGAAUUGCUCCUUCGGCUGGAAGGAGGUGAGUCCGCCAGUUGUACAUGACGUUGAUUUAGCUUUGCGUGCGGGCUCGAUGACUAUGAUCAUCGGCCCGGUCGGUUGCGGCAAAUCGACCUUGCUCAAAGGGAUUCUCAGCGAAACACCGCUCUCUCGUGGCUUUGUCUACCUUCGAAACCAAUCUAUUGCGUUUGCCGAUCAGGAACCCUGGAUACAGAAUGGCACCAUCCGCGACGCUAUCCGUGGCCCAGACACAAGAGGUAUCUUGCAUGACAACGAUCCGUGGUACGAAGAAGUCGUCAACUGCUGUGGAUUGGCAGAAGACAUCGCGUUGUUCCCGAAGGGCGACAAAACUGUGAUCGGUUCUAAAGGCAUCUCUCUGAGUGGUGGCCAAAAGCAAAGGUUGGCUCUCGCCAGGGCCGUCUACUCAAAGGCCGAGAUUCUCAUCCUUGACGAUGUGUUUUCCGGGCUCGAUAAUGAUACAGAGGAGCUGAUAUUCAGAAGACUAUUCGGACGAUCUGGACCACUGAAAAGACUGAAGACAACAGUAAUCCUUGUAACACAUGCCGUGCACCGGCUUCCAUACGCCGAUGUCAUCGUCAGUCUGGACUCAAACGGCCGAGUGACUGAACAAGGAAGCUAUGCGAAUUUGAUCGAUCAGGAUGGCUACGUCCACAGUCUUGAGGUACAAUUCAAACGGGAGCCCGAACGUGUAAUCGAGGAGGGAACAGGUCAUGAGGCCGAGGCAGCGAAGGGCGGCAAAGAGCUCCCUACCACGGACACGGUUCGAGAAGACAGAGGCCUCACCGACGAUACCAUGCGACGGACAGGCGAAUGGGCCACGUACAAGCACUGGCUCAAGUCUUGCGGCUAUGUAUCAAGCGCGUUGUCCAUCCUAUGGGCUACUUGCUGGGUUAUCGCCGCCCAAGCUCCUGGUGUAUUGGUCAAAUUCUUCGGCCACUCCUCUGAUCAGGCAACGACAUUCAUCAUCAUCUUCGGAGGAGCCUGCAUCCUUUCAGGUGCGGCCGUCGUGCUCGUGGCAUACCAAAUUUUCAUGGAUAUGGUGCCCAAAAGUUCCAGCAACCUGCACCUCAAUCUUCUCGAGGCUGUAGUCAACGCGCCACUGUCCUUCUUCACGCACACCGAUAUCGGUAGUAUCACGAACCGCUUCAGUCAAGACAUGGCUUUGGUUGACUCCGAAUUGCCGUUCUCGUAUGCCGAUUUCAUGUUAUCCUUCAUCAACUGUGGCUUUGGCCUUGCACUCAUGGCCGCUUCAGGAACAGGAUACUUUGCUGCGACAAUUCCCGUGGUACUUGCAGCCUUGUACGGAAUCCAAAAGUACUAUCUGCGGACGAGUCGCCAACUGCGCAUUCUCGAUCUCGAAGAAAAGGCUCCGCUGUACACACUGUUUGGCGAGAUAGCUGCUGGCUUGGUCAGUGUCCGUGCUUUUGGGUGGACGGAGAAGUUUGCAGAGCGAAAUCUCGAGCUGCUGGACCGGAGCCAGCGACCAUUCUAUCUCCUGUGGUGUGUCCAGAGAUGGCUCGGGAUUGUUCUGGAUCUCUUGGCGACGGUGCUCAUCACGAUAUUGAUGGUGGUUAUCGUCGCAAAGCGCCAGUCCAUCGAGCCUGGCCUUGUUGGACUAGGUCUACUGAGCACUGUGAACCUGAGUAGCGGCUUGACUCACCUGGUCAGGCAGUGGACUAUAUUGGAAACCAGCAUUGGAGCAAUUAGUCGGCUGAGGGACUUUGCGAAGAAUACCGAGUCGGAGCACAAAGCGUGGGAAAUCGACGCCAUUAGCAGCCAAUGGCCGGAGAAAGGACAAGUGGGAUUCUCGCGCUUCAAAGCCAGCUAUGCUGCAGAUUCGGUGCUGGUGCUGAAGGAUGUUGACUUGGAUAUCCGCUGCGGUGAGAAAGUGGGCAUCUGUGGCCGCUCCGGAGCCGGCAAGAGCUCAGUGCUCGCCAGUCUCUUCCAUCUACUGGAAUUCCGCAGUGGCCAGGUCCAGAUUGAUGGCGUUGACGUCUCCCGCAUACCGCGCGAGACACUCCGUGCCAGACUGAAUGUUAUUCCCCAAGAGCCGUGGUGGAUCACGACCGAGUCUGUCCGCUUCAACAUGGAUCCAUGGACGGCCAGCGGUACAGAGCUCCAAACUCCCCUGAGUGAACACUCGCAUGAGCGAGACGAAUUAUUCAUCUCCGCCCUCGCACAAUGCCAGAUCUGGCCCGUCAUUCAAGAGAAAGGCGGACUCGACGCAGUCAUGACCCCUGACUUCCUCUCCCACGGCCAACGGCAGCUCUUCUGUCUGGCCCGGGCACUGGUCCGACAGUCAAACAUUGUGGUACUGGACGAAGUGUCCGCCAGUGUGGACGUCAAGACGGACGAGUUGAUGCAACGGAUCAUCAGGGAGAAAUUUGCAGACUGCACUGUGAUUGCGGUGGCACACCGGUUGAAUACCAUUGUCGAUUUCGACCGGGUCGUUGUGCUUGCCAAGGGAGAAGUCGUCGAGGUUGGUGUGCCGUCGGAGUUGUUGCAAAGGCAACGAAGCGCAUUCAAGGGAUUGUACGAGUCUUGA